UUUAACUUGAGUAUCCUCGCGCGAAUGUUGGGGCUGCUUAUUAAGCCUCGCCAGCAUUGCAAACUGAAAAUCAUCUGCGAAACAGAAAAACCUCAGUCCAAUCGAGAUCUCCUCCGCCUGCAAAUUCUCACUCUCCUGCAGUCUGCUCGCAAGAAGAUGAAAGAGAGUAAAGGUCGAAUCAAGGGAGAUAGAACAGGCACGGCUAUUCCCUCUUCAAAGGCUUCAUCUGUUAGUUCCCUACCGCUCAUUUUGGACACAGACGACUUUAAGGGUGAUUUUUCUUUUGACGCAUUAUUUGGGAACUUGGUAAAUGAUCUCCUUCCCUCCUUUAAAGAAGAGGAUGUGGAUUCAUCAGAGGGUGGACAGGAUAUUUUAUCCAAUGGACACCUACGAGGUUCAUCUGAAACAACAAAAUCAGCGAAGGGAGCCUCUACUCCACUAUUUCCUGAAGUAGAUGGUCUCCUAUCUUUGUUCAAGGAUUCUUGCAGAGAGUUAGUUGAUCUUCGACAGCAGAUUGAUGCAAAACUCGAUAAUCUCAAGAAGGAGGUCUCUAUCCAAGAUUCGAAGCACCGUAAGACACUUUCUGAGCUAGAAAAAGGUGUAGAUGGGCUAUUUGAUAGUUUUGCUAGGCUGGAUUCACGUAUCUCUAGCGUGGGACAGACUGCUGCCAAAAUUGGAGAUCAUCUGCAGAGUGCAGAUUCUCAGAGAGAAACUGCAAGUGAAACUAUAGAACUUAUAAGGUACUUGAUGGAGUUCAAUAGCAGUCCAGGUGACCUAAUGGAACUUUCAUCCCUGUUUAUUGAUGACAGUCGUGUUGCUGAGGCUGCUUCAAUUGCACAGAAAUUGCGUGCAUUUGCUGAGGAGGAUAUUGGAGGGCAUGGCAUGGCUGUGCCGUCUGUUAUGGGAAAUGCAAAUGCGAGCAGGGGUUUGGAAGUUGCUGUCUCAAAUCUCCAAGACUAUUGCAACGAACUGGAGAAUAGAUUAUUGGCUAGGUUUGAUGCAGCCUCACAGAGGCGAGAAUUAUCAACAAUGGGAGAAUGCGCUAAAAUCUUGUCACAAUUUAACAGGGGUACUAGUGCCAUGCAACAUUAUGUGGCAUCUCGACCAAUGUUUAUUGAUGUGGAAGUGAUGAAUUCAGACACCAGGUUGGUUCUUGGUGAUCAGGGCUUGCAAGCUGGCCCUAGUAAUGUUGCACGUGGUCUUUCUGCUCUGUACAAAGAAAUCACAGAGACUGUGCGGAAAGAGGCUGCCACCAUUAUGGCUGUAUUCCCUUCUCCUAAUGACGUGAUGUCAAUCCUAGUUCAGCGUGUUUUAGAGCAGAGAGUAACAACAGUUCUGGACAAACUAUUGGUGAAACCCUCACUCUUGAACAUACCUCCUGUUGAUGAAGGUGGACUUCUACAAUAUCUUAGAAUUCUAGCAGUGGCAUAUGAAAAGACACAGGAACUUGCUAAAGAGUUGAGGUCGGUUGGGUGUGGUGACUUGGAUGUUGAAGGCCUCACUGAAUCCCUGUUUCUUGUCCACAAAGAUGAAUAUCCUGAACAUGAGCAGGCAUCCCUAAGACAACUCUAUCAGGGGAAGAUGGAUGAGUUGCGUGCUGAAGUGCAGCAACUGCCUGACUCAGCAGGGACAAUCUCACGUUCAAAAGCAGGUUCACUUCUACCUUCACACCAGCAAAUAUCUGUUACUGUGGUGACAGAAUUUGUGCGCUGGAAUGAAGAGGCAAUUUCUAGGUGCACAUUGUUUUCUUCCCAGCCUACUACUCUUGCAGCUUGUGUGAAAUCAGUUUUCAAUUGCUUGCUCGAUCAAGUAAGUCAAUAUAUAACAGAUGGUCUUGAGCGAGCUAGAGAGAGUCUUAAUGAAGCUGCAGCUUUAAGGGAAAGAUUUAUGAUUGGUGCAAUUGUCAGUAGAAGGGUUGCUGCUGCCGCCGCUUCUGCGGCAGAGGCUGCUGCUGCUGCUGGUGAAAGCAGUUUCAGAUCUUUCAUGGUUGCUGUGCAACGUUGUUCCAGCAGCGUGGCAAUAGUCCAACAAUAUUUUACAAACUCCAUUUCUCGGCUUUUACUUCCUGUGGAUGGGGCACAUGCUGCUUCAUGUGAAGAAAUGUCAACCGCUAUGUCCACCGCAGAGGCUGCUGCUUUUAAGGGGCUUCAACAAUGCAUUGACACUGUUGUGGCCGAGGUCUGUACAAAUUACAUCCAACAAUACAAUCGAAUAUCAUGACAUAAAGAGGUUUGCUCAAAUACAUCCCGAUGUAUUGCAAUGUGAUUCGUCAGGACUUUAGCCAUUGGAAUUGGUUUUUUUUUUUCAAUGAUCCAAACCGUUUAUGUGGUAGGUCUGCCCCUGGAAUAUGCCUGAAAAUUUCAUCAAUCUGAACAUUUCAACCCUUUGAUUACACAAAGGUAAUGGUGACCAUCCAUUUUCAAAGCCAAAGACCCAAAUUUCCAAUGAUUCAAUUGAUCCAGUUUAAGAGGUUCUAUUUGCCAGAUAUCCAUCAUACAGGUUGAGACUCAUCGUAUAAACACUAUGGAUCAUUGGAAUACAAUCUAGAUUCGAAGGCUAAACUCUCGACAUAUCACAUUGCAAUAUGUUAAGAUCUAUUCAAGCAAACCUCUGACAUAAAUACGACCUUAUCAUUGCAUGCAUCUUGUGAAAGUUGUUCUUUGCUUGUGUUAACAUAUGACCUGCUAAAAAUUUAGUAAGUAGUGACAUUAGGUAGCCACUUUAUACCAUCAUAUGAACCUGUCACUUCACAACAUUUUUCUUGCAGUUAUUUAUCAUGAUCUUUUAUGUGAUUGACUUUAUUCACCUUACACUAUUUUUUACCCUACGCAUUGCACUGCAUUUUGGAUGGCCUGUUUCAUGCUAGAUGAACAAUUUCAUCUUACAAGUCCUUUGAGCUGUGUUUCUUGGAUAACUUUAGGGCCAUUUGGGUGUGCGGAAGUCGGGUUACCGUAGCCCAAAUUCGACUGAAACCUGAGAGUUCCAACUUUUGGCGUGCUUUUGCUACUAGGAAAUCAGGUUCCGUCCAAUCUCUACUUCCCCAAAAUCCCACAACUCACAGCCCAAGUGAGGUGUGAUGUAGAGUUACUGGAACUCUACUUCCACUUGUAGAGUUUCCAUAGGGGAGUGAUAGAGUUGUAUGAUACACAUUAUAAAUGGGUUCUAAUUUCUGAAAAGUAGGGGCACGGUUCAGCAUCCCAGACCAUUGAUCUCUGGUGAUUCAUACUGUGGAUAGAGCAUGUCCAGAGAAGCUCUCAGAUUGGAAGAUCCCAGUAACCAAUCUCAGGCCCUGUUUUUAUUUGAAUGUGAACUGUUAUUUGAUUUCUCCAUUAUCUAUCUAUCUGUCGAGUGUCGGCCUCAUAUUAGAAGGUCAAGAAUGUCCUAUCAACCCCGUUAAAAUUAACUGGAUAGCUGACAGGUACCCAGCCUGAUUUAAUUUUUUUAAACAAAUCCAAAAAUUGGAAGUGGACCCAUUCAAAUUGGGUCGGGUAUCCCAAGUACCUGUUGAUAGGUCUAGUGCUUCUGAUAUGAUGUUGAUGGCUCUGUAAUUUUUCUGCAGAUUUAACCGUGGUUGCCCUUCCUGUCAGUGAACACUACGACAGGCUGCAACCAGUGAAGGGAAUUAUUCCAGUUAACUGGAUUCAGAGACUUGGAUUUUCCUUCUGAAUUGGAUGAACUUUAAUGUUUCUUUGCAUCUAUGACUCUUCGACUAUGAAUCUUCAUCAUAAUUCUUGAUUUGGUACUGCAAUCUGCUACUGUUUUCAUGCAUGUCUGACCCACCCUCGAAUCAACAUGACUACAA